AACCUGACCAAAGAGAGAGACCAGCUACAUACCAGCUACAACACCCUGACUAAAGAGAGAGACCAGCUACAUACCAGCUACAACACCCUGACUAAAGAGAAAGACCAGCUACAGAGCAGUUAAAACAACCUGACUAAAGAGAGAGACCAGCUACAGGCCAGUUACAACAAACUCUCUCAACAUAAGAACUCAGGAGAGAGACCAAAAGACCAGCUACAGACAGUUAAAAACAACCUGACUAAAGAGAGAGACCAGCUACAGGCCAGUUACAACAAACUCUCCAACAAAGAACUCAGGAGAGAGACCAGCUACAGAAUAGCCCAGUCCUCCAAGAACCUGUCCCUGCCUGCUGCUGCCCUAGUGGUAGGAUUAGAAACUAAGGAGAAAGACCAGCUGCAAAAUAAUGUUAAAGUCAUGACUGCUGAAAGGGAUAAAUUAAAGAAUAGUCUCAACUCAAUGACCAAAGUGAGAGAGAGAGAUCAGUUACAGAGAAGUCURCUGCUACAGAAACASGAUAUAGGCUCCUGCUAUGAGCUGUUCCGGCCUCACAAGCCAAGGCUCAUUCAAAGARACUUGAAUGUGUGAAUAAAUUAUAGCUGUAAAAGUUAUGUUUAAUGUAAAUAUGGCACAGAUCAAAACUAUAGGCAAACAGGCAAGUCACACAAAUGAUUUCUGAGGGAUAAGACACCUCUCUGUUUUAUACUUMAUCUAAUAUAAAACGAGUAACGGAGAGUACUGGACAAUYCAGAGAACUUAGCAAAUUAAGUGUUUGUGGUAAGUACAUGGGGGCUGCCAUCAUUAUGCACCUUCGCCACUAUUGGCAAAGUUGCUGAUCUGAUUGGUCAAAAGACUAACUUUGUCUCAUUAAUUUGUCUGCAUUUACACAYGCAGACAAAUUCUGAUAUUUUCUUCACUAAUUGGUCUUUUGACCAAUCACACACAUCACAUAUUUUUCAGAGCUGA